AUGCAUCUGACUGUAUUUUUACUUAGGGGUGUUGUGGGUUUCCUCUGGAGCUGCUGGGUUCUAGUGGGUUCUGCGAAAGGAAGUUUGGGAGACAAUCAUGUUCACUCCAGUUUUAUUUAUAGAAGACUACGGAACCACGAAAGACGGGAAAUACAGAGGGAAAUUCUCUCUAUCUUGGGUUUGCCUCACAGACCCAGACCAUUUUCACCUGGAAAACAAGCUUCCUCUGCACCUCUUUUUAUGCUGGACCUGUACAACGCCAUGGCCAGUGAGGAGAACCCCGAGGAGUUGGAGUACUCCGUGAGGGCGCCCCUGGCAGCAGACUCCCGGGGAGCCAGGAAGGGCUCCCCAGCCUCUCCCAAUGGGUACCCUCGCCGCAUCCAGUUGUCUCGAGCGUCUCCCCUGACCACCCAGAGUCCUCCGCUAGCCAGCCUACAUGAUGCCAACUUUCUGAAUGAUGCUGACAUGGUCAUGAGCUUUGUCAAUUUAGUUGAAAGAGACAAAGAUUUUUCGCACCAGCGAAGGCAUUACAAAGAAUUCCGGUUCGAUCUCACGCAGAUUCCUCAUGGAGAAGCAGUGACGGCAGCAGAAUUCCGGAUAUACAAGGAUCGGAGCAACGGCCGGUUUGAAAACGAAACCAUUAAGAUUAGCAUAUAUCAGAUCAUCAAGGAAUAUGCAAAUAGGGAUGCAGAUCUAUUCUUGUUAGACACAAGGAAGACCCAAGCUCUCGAUGUGGGUUGGCUUGUCUUUGAUAUUACUGUGACCAGCAAUCAUUGGGUGAUUAAUCCACAGAACAAUUUGGGCUUACAGCUUUGUGCAGAAACAGGAGAUGGUCACAGCAUCAACGUGAAGUCGGCCGGCCUCGUGGGACGACAUGGGCCUCAGUCAAAACAGCCAUUCAUGGUGGCCUUCUUCAAGGCGAGCGAGGUGCUUCUCCGGUCUGUGAGAGCAGCCAACAAGCGAAAAAAUCAAAACCGCAAUAAAUCCAGCUCUCCUCAGGACUCCUCCAGAGUGUCCAGUGUCGGAGAUUAUAACACCAGUGAACAAAAACAAGCCUGUAAAAAGCAUGAACUCUAUGUGAGUUUCCGGGAUCUGGGAUGGCAGGACUGGAUUAUAGCUCCAGAAGGAUAUGCUGCAUUUUAUUGUGAUGGAGAGUGUUCUUUUCCACUCAAUGCCCAUAUGAAUGCUACCAACCAUGCCAUAGUUCAGACUCUGGUUCACCUGAUGUUUCCUGAUCACGUACCAAAGCCGUGUUGCGCACCAACCAAAUUGAACGCCAUCUCUGUGUUGUAUUUUGAUGACAGCUCCAACGUCAUUUUGAAAAAGUACAGAAAUAUGGUCGUGCGUUCGUGUGGUUGCCACUAA